AGCUCCUGCCCACAGAGGCAAUCAAGCCCAGAGGGAGGAAGGACAGUGGAGGCAACUGGUCAGGACAGCAGUGCCCCUGAGCAUUUCUGCAGCAGACGCUCUCCUCUCAGGAGGGACAGAGCAGGCAGCAGGCACCAUGGAGCCCCCCUCGGCCCCUCCCCGAGGAAGGCGUGUCCCCUGGCAGAAGCUCCUGCUGGCAGUCUCACUCUUAACCUUCUGGAACCCUCCCACCACAGCCCAAGUCACUAUUGAAUCGGUGCCGCCCAAUGUUGCCAAAGGGAAGGAUGUUCUUCUGCGUGUCCACAAUCUGCCUGGGAAUCUUCUAGGCUUUGGCUGGUUCAGAGGGGAAACUAUAGACAUCAGUAGAGAAAUUGUAUCAUAUGCAGCAGACUCACAAGCAGUCACCCCAGGAGCUGCGCACAGCGGCAGAGAGACAUUAUAUCACAAUGGAUCCCUGCUGCUCCAGAACAACACCCUGGAGGACACAGGAUACUACACCCUACAGUACAUACACAGAAAUGUCCAAAUUGAAAAAGUAACUGGACAGCUCCGUGUAUUCUCGGAGUCACCCAAACCCAGCAUCACAAGCAACAAGUUGGACCCUGUGGAGAAUGUGGAUUCUGUAGUAUUAACGUGUGAACCUAAGACUGAGAACACAAGCUACCUGUGGUCAGUAAACAGUAAGAGCCUCCUGAAGAGCACCAGGCUGGAACUGUCCCUGGACAACAGGACCCUCACUUUACAUGGUGUCACAAGGAAUGACAUAGGACCCUAUGUGUGUGAAACUCGGAACCCAGUCAGUGCCGGUCAUAGUGACCCGUUUACCCUGAAUGUUCUCUAUGGUCCGGACACCCCCACCAUUUUCCCCUCAGACUCCUAUUACCAUCCAAGGGCAAACCUCAGUCUCACCUGCUACUCAGCCUCUAACCCACCUGCACAGUAUUCUUGGCUCAUCAGUGGGAAGUUCCAGCCAUCCACACAGGAGCUCUUUAUCCCCAGCAUCACUGUGAAUCAUAGUGGAUCCUAUACCUGCCUCGUCUAUAACCCUGGCACUCACCUCGGGAAGUCCACAGUCAAGAUUAUCACAGUGUCUGGUAAGUGGAUCCCUGGAGCAUCUGCACUGAGCACUGUGGUGGAGGUCUGCCUGGUUUUUAGAAAAGAGCUUAAAAGAGAUAUUUUACAUUUGCUUGUGACACUGACCUGUCCCUGAACUCUCCCAUCACAUGUCUGCA